GCGCAGGCGCAGUGCGGCGCUGCGCGCUGGGCCGGGAUUUAAAGGGCCAGGAGCGGCGGGGCCUGCGCUACCCCCUCGCCCCGGCCCUGGGGGCCCCUUCCGCGCUCCCCAAAAUGGUGUGCGGGGGCUUCGCCUGCUCCCGCAACGCUCUCUGCGCCCUCAAUGUCGUCUACGUGCUCGUGGGGCUGCUGCUCAUCGGCGUGGCCGCCUGGGGCAAGGGCUUUGGCAUCGUCUCCAGCAUCCACAUCAUUGGCGGCGUCAUCGCUGUUGGCUUCUUCCUCCUGCUCAUCGCCAUCGUGGGCCUCAUCGGAGCCAUCCACCACCACCAGGUCAUGCUCUUCUUCUACAUGAUCAUCCUGGGCCUCGUCUUCAUCUUCCAGUUCGGCGUGUCCUGCUCGUGCCUAGCUAUUAACAGGACCCGGCAGGAGGGGCUCUUCAGCUCCACCUGGCCCAUCCUGAGCAACAAGACCAAGACGGAGCUGGAGAAGAACCUGGACUGCUGCGGGCUGCUCAACAGCACGGCCGACUUCCAGACCUUCCAGGCGGAGUUCGUCGUCUGCCCUGCGAAGUGCAAGACCCUCCUGGGCAAAGACCCCCGAGCCAAGUGUCUGACCUGCGGCGAGAAGAUGCUGCAGCACUCGGACGAAGCCCUGAAGAUCCUGGGUGGCGUCGGCCUCUUCUUCAGCUUCACAGAGAUCCUGGGAGUGUGGCUCGCCAUGCGGUACCGAAACCAGAAGGACCCCAGAGCCAACCCCAGCGCCUUCUUAUAGGGCCGGUGCCCUGCCCCGUCCCCCGCUGGGGCACGCGCCGCCCCUCUGCCCCCGUAGCCGCUAGCAAGCCCCUCCCGGGGACCGUCUCCGUCGGUGCCAGGAAAGGUGCCCCCGCUCCGGGCACGCGGGCCCUCGGCCACGUUCCCAAGCCGCUGAUCGGACGCGCUGCUGCCGCAUGAAGCCUUUGGCACGUGGCAGCCAGGCCCGAAGGGCUCCGAAAAGAGAGAAGGGUGGUGGCGCCGUCGGAGCGGGCCGGGGUCCGGCUGCGCCCCGGCCGGAUGCGGCCUGCGGGGCGGGGGGCCAGCCCCAGCUGGAGCUGGGCUCGCGGCCACGGACCGUACCGGCCCUCGGGGCGGGCACCGGGGCUGUGUCCCGGCGGCACCGGCUCCGCAGGCGCCGGACAGACCCGGCCCCUUCAGGCCAAGGCUCCCCACUUCAUCCCCCACCUUAUCCCAGUAAGCUUUGCCCCCCAGACUGGUGCAUGCUGGUUAUUUAUAUGCUGGGAAGGGGAAACAGGACAAGCAGCACCUAAAGGACCUCUGCAACUUCCUGCCCACUUUCACCCCCUCCCCUGGCACAGGGCUGGUGCUGCCCCUGGGUGUCCCUCCACCCCGGCACUGGGAUGGCACCAAGGGCUGGUGGGUGCCCCUGCACCCCGCUCUGUCCCUGUUCUGGGUUCUUGACCCCCUCCCCCCCAUCCCCUCUGUGCCAGGGCAGAGCACGAUGGAGGGGGUGGCAGCACAGUGCGUGCCCCCACCCCGGCCUGCCUGCUGCCGCCGCAGGGAUGUCACCAUGUCCGAGACGGUUCGAAUAAACGCGAUUCAGUGA